ACCGGGCAGGUCUCUCCGAAGGAGCCGAACAACCUGAAGGCCAGAAACUCCUUCCGCUACAACGGGCUGAUCCAUCGCAAGACGGUGGGUGUGGAGCCCGCGGCGGACGGGAAGGGGAUCGUGGUGGUGUUGAAGAAACGGGCAGGCCAGCGCAAGCCAGCCACGUCCUAUGAGAAGACGACCAUUAACAAGAACGCCCGGGCUACGCUCAACAGCCUGCGUCACAUCAUCCGCAAGAACAACUACCGCAAGGAUCUGCGCAUGGCUGCUCUGCGCCGCGCCAGCGCCAUCCUGCGGAGCCAGAAGCCGGUGGUGGUGAAGAAGAAGAGAACCCGGGCUACCAAGACUGCGUGAAUGGCUAGCAUGUCCCAAUAAAGGGUUCAAACCAG